AUGACGUACAGUGGUUCCAGAAGGAUAAGUCCAAGUCCCAGAAAUAACUUUAUGCCAUUAUCUUCAUUGUCAUCUUCGCCUUCGGAACUACCAUAUCUCAAGUGCUUACCAUGUACGGCUCGGUAUUUAAAGAGGAGGGUGAAUGUGAAUAGUAGUAAUACGCCACGACAAAAGUACCACCCAAACAAAAGUACAUUUAUUAAACAGCAACCACUUAGCUUGCAUGAUACUACCACCAGUAAUGAUGAUACUUUUGCUGAGUUUUUAUCUCAAUAUUUGAGGUUGCCCGAUAUCAAAACCACUUUGAAUGAUCAUGAGCUCUAUUUCAAGUCUCUAAAUAAACAGAGAAAAUUGAAAUCGUACGAGGUUUAUCAAAAAUAUUUGAACAAGAAGCCAAAGAAGAAAAUUCAACUUGAACGGCAUUACAAAAAGGAUGACAAUGACAAUGACAAUGAAAAUUACCAACAACGUGUAAAUAAAUCAAGCCCAACAGUUUGUUCAAAGGAACAGGCUAUAGGAUCAGGAUCAGGAUCAACCCAAUUUGAAAAAGAAAAUAAAGUCCAUUACAAACAACCGAAAAAGCUACAACCAGUUGAGGAAGUAAUAGAUGAGCCUAUAAGUAUUAGGCGACUACCAUCAAGCUUUAUGGAAUGUCCAAUUGACCAUUUAAUCAUAUUAAUCUCGCGAAUGCUCAAGUCGCUAAUUACCUUGAAUAACAAAUCUGUGCCUAGUUCCAUAUCGAACCCGCCACUCAUUAAAAGUACGCAGCAGCAGAAGCAGCAGCAGGCUACAAACAACUUGCUAACCAGGUACCAUUCACGCACGCCACCAGCGAUAUCAACAUUCACCUACCUUACGCGACUAACCAGGUUCAACAAUUUCAACCCAGCGAUUUUACUAACCACUAUAUAUUACAUUGACUUAUUAUCGCACCAAUACCAGCCAUUUUUUACCCUAAAUUCUUGGACAGUACAUAGAUUUUUAUUAGUGGCAACAAUGCUCGCUCAAAAGUCACUAGAGGAUUUUUUUUAUACCAAUGACCAUUAUGCAAAAGUAGGUGGUGUUACUUUAAGUGAAUUGAAUUGUUUGGAAUUAGAUUUCUUGAAUCGGGUUGAUUGGAGAUGUAUACCUGGCAAACAAGAGAUUGAUUCUACAACAGGCUGUAUGAGAAAUAAAAUAGCGUAUGCUCAAGAUGUUUUGAAUUUAUAUUAUUCGCAAUUGAUUGAAUUGAUGGGGAGGACUACUGUGCAUGAUGAAGGUAUUGAAAUGAGCGAUAAUAGCAAGAAGGUUCAUUAUUUGAAAGGAAUUGUUGAAGAAGCCAGUGAUGACAUUGGCAGCAAGUUGAGUAGCGAAGAAACUAAUGUGGAUGAGGGGGAAGAAUACGAGGAUAAGGAUGACGAUGACGAGAUUUACUAUAGCGAUGAUGAGGAUGACGAGGUGGAAGAUGACGAGGAAGAAGAUGAAGAAGAGGAAGAGGAAGAAGAAGAGGAAGAGGAGGAAGAGGAAGAAGAGGAAGAAGGAGAGGAGGAGGAUGCCGAUGAAGAAGAAUUAGAGAGUAUAAAAGUUUAUAGACAACAACCCAACUCGUCGGUAUUACGCAGCCCAACUAUAUAUGACGAGAAUGGUUAUAGCUUAAAUGGGGCUUCCUCUCCACACUUGAAACGAAGGUAUAAUAGUGAAUAA